AAUGCCCUUAAACUAUUUUAUACAAAUACAUAACAAACUAGUCCUAUUACUAUAAUGCUUCCAUAAUAUGUUUAUCCAAAUGUUAGUAUGUUUGUCUAGCAGACAAAAUAUCAUAGAAAGUAAAAAGAGUUUUAAGACCGGAGCCUUUUAGAACUUAAAAUUGAAUAUGUGAAAUAUAUUUUCUGAUGUGAGAAAUCGUAAUAAAAAGACAGUCAUAGAGCAUACUAAUCCAAUCUCUAUAAUCACGCUUUAGUCUUCCACCUUAAUUUUCUCGAACAUAGAUAUACAUAAUGUUGCUCGAUAGAGUUUACAACCCAUAGUCUAGAACUUAUGUUCUUCCAUAAUAUUUCUCUUGUCUAAUGAUCAGAAGAGUUUAAUAUUAUUAAAUGACUUUUGACAUAUAAAUUCAUGUAUGAUGAUUAGAAAAUCUUGAAGCUCUGUUCUUAUAUUAUUAUGUCCAAAACAAAGCAAUGACUUAUUGCUUAUUAAUUAUAUAUAAGGUCUGCUGCACACUUCAACAAAAUAUAGAAGGUCGUCGAACAAACACUCUGUAUCUCUCAUUUUAGUGAUGUUUUGGAUGGAGCAAAACUAAUGAAUGUGGUCUUGUCCUUGUUUUGUGGUCACGGCAUUUUCACUUUGUGUCCAUUUUUGUAGCAAAGAUUGUGAUCACGAGAUAUUUAAUUAAUUUCUUGGUAAACCACUUAUUACUAAAUAUAUAUAAGCAAAAUUUUCUUAUUUAAACGAGGAAUUGACGAUCUAAAACAACAUAUAUAAUGAUAGAUGCAAUUGUUUUGGAAUAAUUAAUAAAUAUAGCUAUACCGAUUAACUUGAGAUUCAUAAUAAUAUAGUGUUUUAGGAACUUUUGAGGAAAAAAGUUGUGUGGAAAAGAGAAUCAUAAAUGGGGAAACAUAAGUUCGUUUUGCUUUUCACUCAUAUCCUGGUUUUCAUGGCUCCAGUUAUUUUUGCUGGUCUCUUCUCAUCACCUGAACCAGGCAAUGAACUAGACGACAAGGAUGCUGCAAUGGAUGCAUUUAUUAAUCCUCAUGAUCCCGACUCUUUUGCAGCAGAGUUUGCCACUGAUGACAAGGGUUCAGAAAGGAGGGACCUACAUACCACAUGCGAAGCAAAAAACGACAUAGACAAAUGCUGGAGGGGCAAAUCCGAUUGGGCAGAAAACCGUCAAGCAUUAGCCGAUUGUGUUCUUGGUUAUGCAAAAGGAACCACCGGUGGCAAGGGUGGCGACAUCUACGUGGUGACUGAUCCUUCAGAUGACGAUUGUGAGAAUCCAAAGGAAGGAACGCUACGUUUUGGUGUUACUCGAGAUAGACCUUUAUGGAUUACAUUCGACAAAGAUAUGGUGAUCACGUUGAAACAUGAGCUCAUGAUUAAUAGCGACAAGACAAUUGAUGGUAGGGGUGCUUCUGUCGAGAUUGCUAAUGGUGGAGGUCUCGGUGUAUACAAAGUGAACAAUGUCAUUAUUCAUGGGAUCCACAUCCACCAUAUAAAAGUAGUCGAUGGUGGAAAGAUUAGGACUUGUGAGACCAAAGCUGGGUCAAGAUCAAAAAGCGAUGGAGAUGCUAUUUCCGUUUUUGGUUCUACGAAGGUAUGGAUCGACCAUGUGACACUCGAUCAUGGCGAAGAUGGGCUCCUUGAUGUCACCAUGAAAAGUACAGCCGUAACCAUUUCCAACUGCGACUUCAACCAUCACGACAAAGUGAUGUUGCUAGGGGCAGAUGAUUCACAUACGGAAGAUAAAGAUAUGUUAGUCACAGUCGCAUUCAACAGGUUUAAUGAAGGAUGUACCCAAAGAAUGCCUAGGUGUCGUCAUGGUUUUUUCCAGGUAGUUAACAAUGACUAUAACAAAUGGAAAAUGUAUGCCAUUGGUGGUAGCAGUAACCCUACUAUCUUGAGUCAAGGCAACCGAUUUAUGGCUGCUGAUGAGAAGAGAUUAAAACAGGUGACAGCGAGGAAUAACGCUGCUGAGGAUGAAUGGAAGAACUGGAAGUGGAAAUCGGAAAAUGACAUUUUCUUAAAUGGAGCUUACUUCGUACAAUCAGGUGGUGAUAUACAACCAACCGCUGAACAGAGUGCAGGCCUGAUUCCACCUUCCACGAUACCCGUUGAGACACUCACUCGUGAUGCUGGUAAACUUAAAUGCCUACCUGGGCAGCCUUGUUGAGGACUCUAAAACAAAAAAGGCAAAAUAUAUAUUGAAUUUCUGAAGGUGACAUGAAGGAAUGAUACCCUAAGGAAGAGUGGAAUUAAAGUACUCGUAUAACAUGACAAUUUCCUAAUUGACGCUUAUAAUUACUUCGUAGAAUCCGGAAAAGAUGUACAGUUAAGGAACCUCUGAAUAGUCAAUACAAAGACAUCAUGCUUUUGUAUAAUUUGUAAUUUAUUUUUACUUUUAGUUUAUGUUUGUAUAUAUGACACCUUGGCAAUCCAUGCGACCUAUCUUAGAAGAUCGUGUACCUCUCUUUAUAUAUGCUCUUUUUCCUUACCACAAAUCUUCAUAAAUGGUCCAUUUGUUUUUUCAGAUAUCAAGUUUAGUCCAAUUUUCUUGUACCUCCACUGCCAUUGGAAACAGCCGUCAUCAUCAAAACAAAACCAAAAUCAAACCUGAUCAAAAUUAAAACCAUAUGAUGAAAGUCAAAGUCAAUACCAGAUUAGAAUCCUGAUUCCAAAUCAAAAUCAAAGUUGAAAAUAAAAACCUGAUAAAAAUUCUGAUUCCAAAACCAUUAAUUUCUAUGAUACAGGGUUCUGAAACAUGCUGAGUUUAGAAACGAUUUCAAAAUCCGGGUUCCAAAAUCAAAUCAAAGCUUAAAAUUAAUCAAGAUCAAAUAUGAGGAACCAUUGAAUGCAACCACUAUUGUCUCUUCCAAGUCCGUUGUUGAGAAAACACAAGAUAAUAACAGACUUGAAAAUCCAAAUGGGAGAUAUUAACACAAGAAAUCUAAGGCAAAAUGGAUGUGGUAAUGGCUCUAGCUGUUUCACGUUGGGUAUGGGGAACUAAGGAUAGAGAUAGUGGAGGGGUUGGCUGCAGUGGUUUGAAGUGGCCGGAGAAGACGGUCUUGAAGAAGAGAGAAGAAAGGGUGAAUGGUUACGGUUUCCAACAAUUGUGGCGAUCGGUUUCUUGUUAGGUUUCUGGUUACUAAGGGGCCAGCUACACUACAAGAAAUGUUAGCAAUAGCGGCGACACCUUUAGCGGCGACGCAAAACAAUAGCGGCGACAUGUAAUUGACGCGUUACAUGUCAUCGCUAUUACUUGGCGUCGCCACUAUUGAUGACACAGUGGUGAUCCGCAUGAAACAAUCCCUGUCCGUUCGAUUUGUAUUCAAUCCGGCGGUCGUGAAUUCCAAAAAAACGCGCGCCGCUAUUGAGUUGCGUCAGAUAACCCCCCAGUCGACCCUUCUUUCCUUCUAUCGUUGUAUCUCUCAAAGAACUCCGACUACCUUCACCAUCUG